AUGGUGAAGAAGCUGCAAAACGCAACCCUUGAGGACAAGCUCAUCCCUAAAUGGUCGGUCGGUUGUCGAAGGCUAACUCCCGGAAUCGGCUACCUGGAGUCUCUCGGGACCAGCAACGUCGAGGUCGUGUACCGGGAAAUCCUCAAGGUUACCCCUAAGGGCUGUGUCUGCGACGAUGGUCAAGAACAUGCCCUGGAAGCCUUGAUAUGUUCCACCGGAUUUGACACGUCCUUCAAGCCUCGCUUCCCGCUAAUCGGGAUGUCUGGCGAGAAUCUCCGGAACGAGUGGGCGCAAGAGCCCGCUUCAUAUCUCGGGAUUGCAGCCUCUGGAUUUCCAAACUACAUUAUGUUCUUGGACCCUAACGGUCCUAUUGGAAACGGACAAGUCUUAACUGCCAUCGAGGCUCAAGCAGAUUACAUGUGA